ACUGCUGCUGUGGCCGAGGAAGGCAUUGCUGAUGGAGGUGAUGUGAACGUUAACCCUGCUCUACAAGAAAUGCUGAAGAUUGCCCUCAUCAACUGGGGAAGUUGUGAAGCUGCCAAAGCCUUGGACAAACGCCAAGUCCAUCUCUGUGUUUUUGCUUCCAACUGUGAUGAACCUAUGCACAUAACAUUGGUUGAAGCCCUGUGUGCUAAACAUCCAAUCAACUUGAUCAGGGUAAUACAACAAAAACUGGGUUAAUGGGUAAGUCUCUGUAAAAUUGACAGAGAGGGAAAACCCUGUAAAGUGGUUGCCUGCAGUUGUGGUGUUGUUAAGGAAUAUGACAAGGAAUCUCAGGUUAAAGAUGUCACCAAAGAAUAUUUUAAAUGCAAGAAAUGA